AUGGUGGUAGUUCGUUUAAGAUUGAGGCAUGGAGAUUGUGGUGGUUGUGUUUGUUUUUGUGAUUUGGUGUUGUUGAGGCUGGUAUGUAGAGAUCCUAGAUGGGGAAGAUGCUAUGAGAGUUUCAAUGAAGACACUGAAAUUGUCCAAAAGAUGACGUCCCUGGUUACGGGCUUGCAGGGACAGCCACCCCCAGGAUAUCCAAAGAGUUACCCUUUUGUAGCUGGAAGAAACAAUGUUGUUGCAUGUGCAAAGCACUUUGUUGGAGAUGGGGGUACAGACGAAGGUACAAAUGAGGGGAAUACAAUAUCAUCAUAUGAUGAUUUAGAGAGAAUCCAUAUGGCACCUUAUCCCAACUGUAUUUCUCAGGGAGUUUGCACUAUAAUGGCCUCGUACUCCAGCUGGAAUGGAAGCAAACUUCACACUAACCACUUUCUCCUCACAAAAGUUUUGAAAGAAAAGCUGGAAUUUAAGGGUUUUGUUAUUUCUGACAUGGAAGCACUUGAUCGCCUUUCCCAUCCUUACGGGUCAAACUACAGAAACUGUGUUUUGUCAACCAUCAAUGCAGGAAUUGAUAUGGUGAUGGUGCCCUUUCGAUAUAAAUUGUUUCUGGAGGAUUUGACAUAUUUGGUGAAAUCAGGGGCGAUACCAAUGACAAGGAUUGAUGAUGCUGUUGAACGUAUUCUGAGGGUGAAAUUUGUAGCUGGCCUUUUUGAAUAUCCUCUAAGUGAUAGAUCUUUGCUAGAUACUGUUGGUUGCCAGGUGAGCUUGGUAAACUCAGUACGCCGCUGGUUUAACUAAAACGUACAUCAUGGUCUUUGUGCACAAAUAGAUGGCCCAAAUCUCUCACCAAUCUGAAUGAGUUCAGCUUGUAGUUCAUUUUUUUAUGGUUUUCAAACAACCAUUUUUGUUUUUAUCAUUUAGUUUCCCCAACCUACCA